UGUAAACCUCCCACCUCUCAACCAACAAUCCACCCUCCACCAUCUCCCCUCUCAUACACUCUACACCGAUGAAAUCAUCAAACAAACCCCGCCUCUACAUCUCCCUCCACGCCCGCGGAGGGGGAAUCCGUCCCAAGAUGCCCGACAAAGAAGAUAUAUAUCACUGGUCCCUAACCAUCCUCCCCAAACACAAGCACCCCUCCCCAAAAACCAAACCUAUGAUCUUUGGAACAACCUUCCACGCGCGCGAACUCCCCACCCCCAUCUCCACCCCCAACACCACAGGGACAGGGAUGGUCUUCAAAUGAACCUUCGAAGAGCGCAGUACCACGCUCGACACGAUGGUUUUGGUAAGGGUACUUAUUGGGAAGGUGGUGGAUCGGGGACGGUUGGUUUAGAUACUCAGGGGGGUUCCGGUUCCUGUGGG